AACGCAGUAUAUGUUGUAGUAACAUAAAUUAUGAAUUCAUUAAUUAUUUAUCAGUAUUUUAUAUCUUAUUUAGAUUAUAGUAAAUAAAUGAUUGUUUCACGAAAAUUUAAUUAUACCACCGCUGGCUUACUCGCACGUUCCCAGACGCUUCCAAAAUUAACCACAGCGUUCCAAAUCAUCCGUACGCUGUACACUUUCCACGCGCUUAAAGUAAACUCUUUUCAAUAGUGUAUUUUUUUAAACAAAAACACAUUGCGCUCUUAUUUUUCUGUGUUACUUGUGACAAAUUAUAAUACACAACAAUGGAUAUACCAACUGAUGUGUGGGGUCAACUUGCUUUGGAAGCUAGUCAAGUCUAUCUGACCGAAGGAGGUCAAAUGAGAAGUCCAUUCGCUAACACGACUAUAGAAAAAUUACCGGAUAAAGUACUACUAAAUAUAUUUUCAUAUUUGACUCAUCGAGAAAUAUGUCGAAUGGCAACGGUGUGCAAACGAUGGAGAAUGGUUGCAUACGACACCCGCCUGUGGACUCACGUCAGUUUACGACCGGAAAUAUCUGGACUGCACGUCGGUUCUCUGGAGUCUCUGCUGGCGUUGAUAUCGAUACGGUUCGGGCCCUCGCUGAGGUACAUAGAGCUGCCCAUUGAGCUGAUCACGCACAACGUGCUGCACGAGUUAGCGGCCAAGUGCCCCAACCUGACGCACAUGCUGCUGGACUUCAGUACUGCUAUGCAGCUGCACGACUUCUCGGAGAUGCAGGCGUUCCCCACGAAGCUGCGGUACCUGUGCAUCUGCCUAUCCGAGGUCAUCUUCAUGGAGGGCUUCAUGCGCAAGAUAUACAACUUCAUCAACGGCCUAGAGAUCCUGCAUCUCAUUGGCACGUACGAGAAGAUAGAGGAAGAAGAGGAGGAGAUAUACGAGGUGAUCAACGUCCACAAGCUGAAGUCGGCCACGCCCAACCUGCGCGUCAUAAACUUGUAUGGCAUCAACUUCGUCGACGACUCGCACAUCGACGCGUUUAGCUCUAAUUGUAUCCAGUUGGAAUGCCUCGCUGUGAACUACUGCAACAAAGUGACAGGCUCCACCAUGAAGACGUUGUUCCAGCGAUCGCGGCGGCUCACCUGUCUGCUUAUGAAUGGAUGCAGUCUCCACUCAGAUCACGUGAUGCAAGUGGAAUGGGAGAAGUCUUCCAUACAGGAGUUGGACGUGACGGCGACUGAUCUGUCCACGGAGUGCCUGAUAGACAUGCUGACCAGGAUCCCCAACCUGAGGUUCCUGAGCGCCGGCCAGAUCAACGGCUUCAACGACUCAGUUCUGAAGGCUUGGUUGGAAUCUGGAACUACUAGGACCCUGAUGGCUCUAGACGUUGAUGCUUCGGACAAUCUAUCAGACGAGGCUCUUCAUCGGUUCGUGUCCCGACUCGGCGUCUCUCUGGCGGGACUCGCGCUCUCAGGAAUGCCGCACAUCACCGACCAACUGUGGCAGACUCUCAUGCCUCUACUGCACAACACCAAAAUUCUUAUCAUGGGAACGCAAGAGAGACUCGGAGUAAACAUUCACGUUGAUCAGUUGAUGGACGGCAUAGCGAACAGCUGCCCCAACCUGGAGCGAUUGGAGUUACGCUGGGACCCGGAGAACCUGCGCUUCAGCGACAAGAGCCAGAAGGCCAUAGACAUCUUGCGCGUCAAGUGUCUCAAACUAAAGUGCUUGGUGCUCAGCGACGGCCGUUACUACGAGAUAGUGAAGGCGAACUUCGAGCGCGCGGACCGCACCACGGUCGUUCGCACCUCCACCAACUGCCGCGUCUCCAACUACUACCUGCUCUCUAACUACAAGGAGCUCAUAUUCAACUAACGAAUGUAUUGUGUUUACAAAAUGUGGGUUUAAACUGUAUACUUUCAUAGAAAUUGAGCAUCAAUUGUCGCCCAAUUAGGGUCACCAACUUUUUUCUAUCAAAUAGACAUAGUAUUUUCGAAGCUGUUGCAAAAUAAAUGAAAAAAAUAUAGUAUGUGGUUAAAAUAUUUACUUAUUUUUUAUAAUUAGUAUAUUCUUGCUGCACUAUACCGUAAUAAUUCAGUUUUUAUUAUUUAGGAAAGCUUUCACUGGCAAAAUUCUGCUUUAAGCAAAAGUACUUCUGCCCACUAUUUUUUUUUCCAAAUUUAGUAUUUCAUCCUCUAUUAUAUUAGGAUACUAUAUUAUAUAGUAGGGUUGGAAACCCUACGCCUAAGUAGCAUAAUGACAAACUUUUGUCUGUCAAACACUGCAACGGAGUAAAACCACAGAGCACAUAAUGGUACAAGUGUAAAACUACAACCAUUCUAGUCUAUGCGGAAAAAGAAUGGGAUUUAGAUUGGAGGGCGCUGUAGUGCUUUCUACCGUAUUUGUUAGGUUUUACCCCUUUUAGACAUGAUUAAAUACAAAAAACCGCAAGAAAUCACAACAACAAACAAAUCCGUAUCAAUACAAAACUUUGACGUUUUACAGAUUGCUGGGUUUGAUUGCCAAAUAAAAAUCUUAAUGUUAGUUCCGUUUCUCGCCACGCCCAUUCUCUUUCCGCACAGACUCUAAAGACAUUUCGCUCCCAAAUAUAAUUUAUACUUACCAAGUACUUUUUAAUAUUAACGGAGCAAUUUUAGAUAAAUCCGCCCCUUGCAACGUCUUGACGAUUGCUUGUACAAUUAUUUCUUCUGUG